ACUGCAUGCAACAUAGGUAUUAGCUGUUCUGUAGUGCAACGCCACUAAAGAGGGGCUAUAAAAUCGUCCGUUGUAUUGGGGAUUUCUAAGCAGUCGUAAGCGCAGCACGGUCCAACAUUGGUGGCCCGCCCGCCUGAUUGAUAAGUGUGCGGAAAUCAAUCGCGUGCUUCCGCUCGGAAUUUGCUUAAGGGCCAUGUGUGUCCCGUCACCCAGCUCGAAGCUGUCUCCCAAACUACAAACCUGAAUUUCUACAGAAGCCGUACAGCUGCUCACAAUGACUCUUGCGCCCGUAAUUGCCCUUUCCCACGGCGGAGGUCCGAUGCCCCUACUGGGAGACCCGAACCAUGCCACUAUCACAGCGUCGCUGCAGCAGCGCGUACCCAAAAUCCUGGGCCUCAACACGCCGUCCCAGCCAGCUGCUAUAGUCAUGGUCACAGCGCACUGGACGACGGACCAGCCCACCAUUUCCAACGGCAGCUCUCACGACCUCCUCUACGAUUACCGCGGCUUCCCGCCCGAGAGCUACGAGCUCAAAUAUCCUGCGCCAGGCGAGCCCGAGGUAGCAGCCAAGAUUGCCGCUGCUUUCGCGGAGCAAGGACUGUCGCCAAAGCUGGACGCUGUGCGCAAAUGGGACCACGGCGUAUUUGUGCCGCUGCUGCUGAUUAACCCCAAGGCGAACAUUCCCAUUAUCCAGGUGUCUGUGCUAGAGAGCGAGGACGCGGGCGACCAUAUCAAGAUGGGCAAGGCGCUGGCUACGCUGCGCGCAUCCAACAUUGCCAUUCUCGGGUCAGGAUUUGCUAGCUUGCACCACUUUACGCUCUUCCGCGCGCUGAGCCAGGGAGACCAGGAGGUGCGCAAGUCGAUCAAGGAAUCUACGACGGAUCCUUGGAACGAGGCUCUCACGGGAGCCAUUAAAGAGUCGACAGAGGGCAACUGGGACGGGCUUCUCAAUUGGCGCAAUCUUCCCCAUGCUAACGAGAUCCAUCCGGUUGGUGGUGGCGAACACUUUACUCCGCUGCUUGUGUGUGCUGGUGCGGCCAAGGGCGACAAGGUACACUCCUACAAAGAUUCGUACUAUGGCCAGGAUAUUGUCACAUUUUAUUGGGGUGCUGACGAGAUAGCUUAAAAUGACACUGCAUGAGGUAAUUUGAAAUAAAAAAAAGUAUUAUAAAAUUUGUUUUUGUUUUGAUUAUUUUUGCUAGAGUAGAAUAUCACCCAGCGAAUCCUGUAAUCCUUCGCCGCUAAUCGGGGUAUAAAAUGUAUAUGGGCGGCCCUUUUGAAAGGCGGCUCGCCGUAACAAGACAAAUGAAGAACAAAAAAGAACACCUUGUAUGCGUAUGACUCCGUAUCCAUGAGUGCGUGUGCAAGCAAGUAAGCAAGCAAUGCAAAAAAUAUAGACAGAAAAGAAAAUGAAAAGGCUAUGAUACAACAGAUGAAAAGAAAAAGUCGUAAAGAUGAGCAUAGUGGGUUGGUGCUGCUUAUACCGACGAGCUGGAUGCAUCGGAGCUCGAUCGGCGCGAGUCGAGAGCUUCGAGAUCCUCAUAGUCGAUAGGGCAGUCCUCGAUAAUGUAGUUGGGAGGGCUAGGAGGAACCUCGCCGUACACGGGAGGAGCCUCGUUGUCCCAGCUGACGCCUAGGCCAGGAGACUCAGUCAUGACGACGCCAAAGUGCAUGCGCAGGAUGCGGCCGGUGCCAGUUGGUGUAGUAAUGUGAGUCUUGCCCUCGGCAGCGUACUCCUUGGAGACGAUGAGCUCGACGAGGAGCGAGUGGCUGACCUCGGUGCCGUCGGCCGUCUUGGUGUCGCAAGCGUACUUGGCGGCCUUGGAUCCGUGGCGCGAGGCGACGCUCUGGUUGACGCCAAACUCAAUCUCCAUGUCGACGGUGCCGUCGUGGCUCGAGUAGUCCGACUUCCAGCCCUCCUGGAUCUGCUUCUCGCCAAUGACGCGGGUUUCGGAGCGGAGGAGACCCUUGAUGUCGUCCUGGACAACUUGUGCGCCGAGAAGGUGCUUGUCGCAGGCGGGGGCCACCGUCUUGAUGGUCUCCUCGAGUCGCCAGGUCACCUUCUUAAGGCGCCACAGAUCGACCGUCUUGACCUUGUCGUGGUGGGUCAUGAGCCCGUCCAGCUUGAAGGUGAGCUUGUUCUUAUCGUUCGGGUGGAUGACGGAGAGGUAGUCGGCGCCGGCCUUGAUGUUGGUGGGAGGGAAGACACGGACGGAGUGGUGGGGGAACAGCGGCUCGGGAAUCGCGCGCUUGACGGGGACGGCCUGUGUGAAGGUGAUGACGGUGGGUGUGGCGGGAGCGCUUCCGAGAACAGGCGAAGCGUUGGGUGUAAGUUGAGGUGUUCGGCUGGUGAGGCGGGCUUCGGCCUUGAACUCGUAGGCAAUGGAAAUGACGGGCGUGUCGAUGCUGGCGGGGUGGUUGCCGUUGAGGAGGGUAGAGAAGGGGAAAAGGUGAGUGCCGCGGCGGAGUGUCAUGGGUCCAGCGAGCAGCUGCCAGCUUUCGAGCUGGAGGGUCUUGUGCUGGCAGUCCUCGCAGUGGCUCUGGUAGGGGCGCUUGUGGACGGUGUGAAUGGUUAGAGAGGCUGUGAAGCUGUCUACAUCGACAGACUCGUCCUUGACGUCAAUGGCAAGCUGGCCGGAGAAGAGGGCACCUGUGCUUUCCUCGCGCGAUCCAUGGAAGAUGACUGGCGGGCUUUCAAUGGUGCAGGUGAUUUGCGCGGGGAGAGGAACCUGGGGAGUCUGGUCCUUGGACGCGGAGCGGCGAAAGGGCAGCGAGAGGCGGUUGUGCUUUUUGAUGGCUUCAGCCAGGUCGGGGAUCUUGACGGCGUGCUCCUCGGCAUCAGAGGCGUAGGGACUGCCAGACACGGAAUUGUUGCGCGAGGUCUCGCAGGAGGCGUUGCGGGAGCGCGAGGCGGCCUUUUUGAUGUUGGAGAUGUUGCCCGUGGAGGAUCGGAGGAAGUUGGCGACGAGGUGGGGCAUGAUGGGCGGUGGUGAGGUCUAGCGAGGUCUAGCGAAUGACGUAGAGCGGCGUCCGAUGAUCAGAAGAAGGAGAGAAAGUUUCUUCUGAGAAGUACAGUCUUUAGAAUAAAAGACUGGCGUUUGGAAUCAACCCCCUCCUGUGGAAAAGAACCGGGAGGGGUAUGGGCUUAUACUUGGCGUCGAGGAGACAGGGUGAAAGCGUGAGGGGAAGACAAGCACAAACAGGCGUUUAGGCUUUCCUUGUGGUGGUGAGAAUGCCGGUGGCGCUUGUCAAGCUUGGUAGUAGUGGUAGUCGUCGCAGUGGUGGCGGUAGUGGUGUGCUGGCGAUGUGCCGUGUGUCCGAUGCAGGCGGCGAGAAUCGGGUAGCUUUCGGCGCAGGGUUGCACUGGGUCGAGGAGCUAAGAGCGUAAUAGCACUGUCGGUGACGUGAGGAUUGGAUGCGGUCAGCACGAGACCAAGAACGCAAGUAUUGCUAAUGUUGCAGUAGUAGCAGGAGAAGAUCGGUGGUGAGUUUUCGAAGCGAGCUUUGCUCUGGUGGCAAAGGCGUUUUUUGCUUGGUGUUGGUGUUGCUUUGGAUGCUGGCGCUGGCUGGUGUAAGUGGGUGGUGACCAGGUGUGGCAGCUGGCAAAGGUGUUAUUGUGCAGCUGGCAAGCAAAGUAGAUUCUACCCUUUUUCUAAUCAGAGGGGUAAAAUGCUGGGGAAUAAGUGAGAUGAGAUGAUAGCAAGAUGCAGCAACCAAGAAAGAAAAAGGGCUCCGUGAGAAUAUAUACGAAAGU